AUGGAGUCCCCCGCUGUCCCCGUCCCGCUGGAUCCGCGGGAGCAGCCGAUCCUAGAGCGUUUGCUCCGGACUCGCGACGCUCUCCUACUCCUGAAACAAGACAAGUCUUCUUAUAUCAAGUCUCGUGAUGUCCUCCCACUCUAUGAGGAGGUGACAGGUGAAGUGGAAAAGCUCAAUGCUGCCCGCAAAGAGCAGGAGCGCCGCUUGAUACACAACCGAUUGGACUAUGUCUUGGAUGAUUGCUUUCAGUUAAUAUCGUUGCUUUUCUUGACGGUUGGCAGGAACAAUGAAGCUCCGGCAGUAUACUCGUUGGCAACUACAAUUCAGCGCCUGGUGGAUCACCUCGAGGAGGCUGGUUUUUACAGCUCUAAAGAUCUCAACUCAAUCACCAAGACCCUCGAGACAACCCGAGAAACGCUGGAUCGCGGUCGAAAUACCUAUUCUCCAGCCCUUCUCACUCUUCUUGAAAGCCGACUAGAACAAUGCCAGCUCUCAUUGGACAAAUUACAGCAAGGACUUGCGGUUCUUGCUCCUGGAUUGGUCCAGACACAUGAGACAUUGGUUUCUAUCCUGCGGUCCACAUCUGCAGUCAAUACUCGCUCAAAGUUCUCGGCUUCAGAAGUGAAUAACCUUCGAGAGCAGUUGAAGAAGAUCGAGAACGGUAUGAAGGAUGGCAAAUUUGUGGACGCUGAUGGCAACGUUCUUGCUGGAUCGGAUGAUCUCAAGUCUCUGAUGGACCGGUGUUGGAAGUGGACUGAAAUUAAAACCCCGAUUCCUAACCCCACCCACCACAGUGAGGGCAAGAUCCACGAACGAUUCCAAGAGCAGUAUGAUCGCCUCCUUGAAAUCCGGAAUCAGCUGGAUCGACUGUCCGUAACACAAGCAUGGUCCCUUCGAGAAACAGACCUGUUCGGAUAUCAGCGCAAACUCGAUCGAAUCGAUGAGGCACGGGUGAAUGGCAACUUUGUCGACUCGGAAGGCCAGCCGGCUGAUCUUCAUGCACAACGGACAUUGCUCUACCUCAUCCGACGCAGCUAUGCGUACAUCUAUGCACUCCUGAUUUCAUCCGAGCCAGUGUCGGAGGCUUUGCUUCCGGUUUACAAUCAGCUUCAAACUCUCCGUAGAUGUCUGAUUGAAGUCAAGGACUCCGGAGGUGUGUCAAACUCGCGUGAACUCUAUCCUUACAGUAUGAAGCUUAACUCCAUUGAUAACAUGCGAGUUGACGGGAAAUUCUAUGUUGGCCCCGAUAUUCCCGAGGGUCAGGGGAGUGUAAAUUCCCUGCUUGCGGAAUGCUAUGAUUUGGUUUGGGAAUUACGGGCUGCCGUGGCCGACGAAGAUACACAGUCCUAG